AUGGGAUUUCUGAGUGGUGUUCUCAGUAACAUCCACAAGCAUUUAGGGCAGCAUAAAGGAGAAAUAAACAAUGCAAUUACGUCACUUGAGACCAAUAAACACGCCGGUAAAAAAGGUUUUAGUGUUGCGAUUGUGAAGGUGGUCGAAGGGGUGGGGGGGUAUAAUGAUGGUGUCAUGAAGUCUAAUAAAAGGGUUUCAGAUCCUAUAAUCAGAUUAUUAGAACAGGUAAAUGAUGCCUUCAAAAAACAGGUAAGUGAGUUAAAUAAGAAUAUAGACAUACGCAGGCCUCAGACUGCACAGGAAGCUGCAUUGGACGCCGAAAACCUAGUAAAACAAUCUGUUCGGAAUGCAACCAAUUUUUUUGAAACUUUAGAUAUCGAUCGUAAUCACAAAGAUAUAAAAAUUUCGAUUAAUGAUCUUAAUUCUAAUUUGCGUGACAGAGUUAACAUAGCGUGUGACUCCGUUAAGCUUGAGACAAAGCAUCUGCGUGAACUAUCCAGGAAGGAAGAGAAACACCUACAGGACAUGGAAAGAGAGAUUGAACGUGUGUUGACUGAUGCAGGAGCCUGCGUGAAUAGGGAAAUUAGAGGUCAAGUAACGAAGCUUAUUAACGAUAUGAAAGAAAGGGUAACGAAAAUCAAGUUGCAAUUGGAGGACAUAAAAAGAACGCUGACAGGGUAUGUGGAUGAGUUAACUAAGUGGAUUGAUUCAGUUACGAUAGUCAUAACGGCGGCUUUGGGUAGAGUUGAUUCGAUAUUAAAAGAGGUUAAUAAAGGUGAUUCAAGUAUGAAGCCGUAUAAAAUUGAGGGUGCUCUAAGGGAGAUCACAGCAUCUGUAUUGAUACUUCACGGCGCCGGAGAGGCGGCUAAAGCGCAGGUCAAAGAGAAAGUUACUGCAGCGCUUGGGCAGGUUAAGGAUAUGAAUGACGCGCUGAAGGAGGAUUUGUAUAAGGUUAAAGGAGCCAUUAAGGGAGCGAUUUGGAAACAUGUCGAAGAGUCGAUUAGAACGCCGUAUGAGAAGUUGGAAGGGCAUGUGAAGGAUGGAUUGUGGAGGAUUGAAGAUGCAAUAACUCGUAUCCUCACUCCCCUCAAAACCAAUUCGGACGGAUUUUACGAAAAAAUCGAAGCUACACAGAGAGCGAUUCAGGAGGCUAUCAGCGGUGUGGAAAGCCAGCUUAGUAAGUUACAGAUUCUUGAUGUCGCUGCGAUCAAUGGUGAAACCAAAUUAUUACAGGCUAUAAAAGCAGGCGAUGCGUUUGACUCCGUUAGUGAAUAUAUAAUGACGCUCGACACCAAUGUGAUGGUCCAAGUCCAGGCGGCGAUAAACAAAAUGGGUGCAGUGUGGAAAAAAUUCGCAAGCGGUGCGAUAUAUGAUGAUGUACAGAGUGCUGUUAAAGAAGCUGCGCAGGAGCUUCGCGCGCUUGACGGCAUUGCAAACGGCACUGUUCAGAUAACUGACUUACAGUCAGUGACAAUGGGUAAGGAGAAUUUUCAAGGUGUAGAUAGUAUAAGAGAAAUUAUUAAACCGCAUGUGUCUGCUAUUCAGCAAAUACUACCAAAACUAAUUGGUAGAAGUAGCUCAAUAAGUAGGGAGGAAGUGGAAUCUAUACUUACAGACCUAGGCAACAUUGCUAAAAGUGUAUCGCAGCACUUUAAAGACGUGUUACUCCAAGUUAUUGAAGUCAUUGAAAUACAACUUGCGUCGGAGAUAGGAACUGUUGCGCAAGCUAUAAAUGCUAAGGUGGAUGUUAUCAUAAAGGGCGUAGAUAAUGGUGACGAAAGUGACGUUCCAGUUACGUACAGCGACGGAAGCCAGCAUAAAAACUCUAGAGGCCUUCAGGCGUUGGUGGACGAUUUCAAUAAAAACAUUAAGCAGAAACUUGACAACCUUAAAUCGACUGUCAUCCCGCAAACGUUUAAGAAGAAGGAUACUCAGAAUUACGGCGAUGGUACAAAGAAUUAUGAUUUUGAUCAUAUCAUGAAGACAUUCAAAACUACGUACGACAGUAUUAACGCUGAGCUCGAAGAAGGCAAAUUUCAGAAAGCUGUCGCUGACAAACUUAAUACGGAGAUCGGCGGGGAUGCAAUGGGCAGACCAGCCGAUGUUGAUAGAAUAUCCGAUUUGCAGAGAGGUAAAUUUGUAAAUUAUGAAAAGCAAGUACAACAAGAUAGCCUUAUUGGUGAUGAGCCAGAAAAGUUUGAAGGCGCACUUCCAAAGAAGAUCAGGGACAUUAAGACCCAGGUAGAACAAGCAUUGGGAAAGAUCGACAGUGAAAAACAAUAUGCAGAAGAAGAAUUGAAAAAAGUCACCACUGCUCUCCAUGAGCUGUUCCAGCUUAUCGAAGAAGACGCCCAAUUCGCCAGGGGAAACUUGACCGAUUUGAGGGAUAAAUACUUCGGGGCGUAUGAUGAGGCUAAGCGGAUAGGAACGGAGAGCAUUCAGAAAAUAAAACAGCAGCUUGUUUUGCUUCAUGAGAUAGAUGUGACAGAGGUCAUAGGGUUGGCCGAUGACUUCAUCCAGAAAGACGCACGAAACUUACAAGACAAAUACAUAAAGUCGCUAAACCAGCACGUUGACAAUCAAGUUGAAGAUGCCAAAAAAUUAAUAACCCAAAAAGCACGCGUAGAUCACGUCACCUCUACCCAGCUGUUGCUUACUCACUUCGCCGACAGGGUCACCGCGCACCUCAAGGGACUGCCCGAGGCGAUCGAAAAGGACAAGCACACUGGCUUCAAGGGAUUCAUGGAGGCGUUCGAGGGGAAACCGGCACCACCACCCCAAUGGGAUCUUUACGCUCCCCGAAAUCAGUCGAGUAAACUGGAAGAGUUUAAAGGAGCUGUCACCAAAAAACAGGCGUCGAAGAAAGAAGAAUUCAAGACGCUGUCACAGGAGUUCAAGAAAUUGUACGAUCCACUCAACACGUAUCUCGUCGUCGAACUUAAAAGACAUCACACUGAGACCAUGUCAAAUAGAAAUCCUUCAGUCCGGGUUGUCGAUGGUGAUCCAAUUCCUCAUACCAAAAAUGUCGGCGAUCUCAAGGACAAAUUAGAUGCGUUACUGCAACACCUUCAUGACAUUCCGGCAGCUAGAAAACACCUUUUCGACCACAAUUUCAGCACCAAACUCAACACCCUCCAGUCUUUACUUGAUAACCUACGCCCCGCAUCCUACGCCGACGACAGCAACCUCCUGCUCGAGUGUCUAAGAAAGGGCGUACAGGGGAUGCACGAUGAGCUAGCGAAGGCGUACAUCUCCGCCUACGACAGUGAGACGUUUGGCGGCGAGAUGUUUGAGAAGCAGAAAUUAACGCCGUAUGGCGCCAAAUUCGCCAAAAUAUGCUUCACCGUGGUAUGCACCCUCAACUCCACGUUGACCGACUUGACGCACAAUUGCAAGAGUCUACGUGGACAGCAAAUUAAUAAGUCCACCGACGUGGGAAGAUCAUUUGUCGGCCACGGCUACGCGGUCUCCGAUGCGACGCUGCAGAACGGCGAGUUGCAAAACAGACCGACAGUUGCGGGGGAGAACGUUGCAAAGCGGCUGCUGCUACCAAUUCGCGGCGCCGAUGACAACGCACAUCUUAAGGGAUGCAAAUCGAACGAGCAAAGAAAAGACAAUCACUUCCACGUGUUCGACGCUAUUGACUGCAUAUUCAGCCACUUCGAGCAGUACAAUGAACUGUGCCACCUGCUCACGGCCUCAGCGAGGCAGCACCCGUGCUCCGUAUACGACAUAUUGAUCUGGCUCAGCGGUUUUCCGUACACUGCCGUAUAUUCUACAAUGCGUGAUAUCACCAUCAGUGACUUAUUUGACAACCCGCAUAAGAAGGCGGCCGGCGACGACGAACUUGAGCUCACAUCGACUGACAUGGCAGCCCAAUCCAUAACAGCACACCCCCGGAACAUAUCGUAUAACUACGUACGUAAAGCCGUGGACCACAUCUGUGCGACGUCGUAUGACGUAUUGACUGCCGUCGUCGGGACUGGCGACUCCAGGACCGUUUACGCCUCCGACUUCUGCAACAACUCAUUUAAUUUCCAUUACCCAUCGGAUCCGUCGGACUGCCUGGACAUGCUGCUGGACCUACUGCGCCGAUUGUUGCCCGUGUUCCGGUUCCUGGAACUGCAGUGUAACAUCACGCCCGAACACCACGGCUGGUCACACUGCCGCUACGGGAGGGACAUCCCUACAACCAAAUCGCAGUGUAACGAGCACUCAGGCGAUGAAGCAAACAGCCAAGCAAGGUGUCAAGUAAACUGCCAACCAACGUCCCCGCUAAUGUUAUAUCUCAGUGACAGCCUCCCUGGCCAUCUGCCGCACCAACUGCAGUCAGUGGGAUGCAGAGCGAAAUGCAGCACCUGCUCCAAGAGCUCUCCAGGGCAACCGUGCCUGCUUCCUCUCGGAUUCAAGGGCUUCUCGGGCAGCACGAAAACGGGCAGACAGUUGUGUGACGCAAUCAAGACCUUCCUCGGUACAGGCUUAAUAUCCUCACUGAUGUGCCUUCUGCCCAAGCCACCAUCCACGCUGCCGGAGCACUUCCAGUUUGUGCUCACGUUGGUUGGUGCGUUUAAUGCUAACAGAGAUGUCAACUCAAAUGCUGUCCACGCUGCGUUUGUGAAGGCAAUCAAGAAGCAGUCCAUCGACUUGUGUGCGGAUCCAGGCACACUCACAGGUGCGCUUAGUGACGCUUACAAAAACGGCCGGAGCCACGAAGUUGGCGAGCAUCCCAAAGCUUCAGACUCCGACUUGUCAACGCUUUCAAUGCCUACUACGUGCAACUAUCCGAACAAGGAUGUUCACUGCGCUCCGUACCUGACCACGUUGCACAAUGAUGCAUACCACUACGCUGCCGAGAAGCACGCCGGUCUCUACCUGUCAUGGGCAGUGUACUUACCGUGGUCGUUCUGGCAGUGUCUUGAAUCUUUGUUCAGGGCGUUUACCAACAUAUCCUGCCAGGAUUGGGGAUGUCGUCGCUGUACGCAUGGCACAGCUUGCAAACGGGGUAAGCAUGGCGCUGCCUAUAAUUGCCAGUGCAAAGGCCUCGUUGAAUGCCGCGGUGUCAUAAGCACGUUGUAUAGUUUCGGAUUCACGUUCGGCAAUCCAGCAACGCUUUCAGCUGCAGAGGGGAAAAGGUAUUGCCACAAUUUCUACAAACAACUCAACAAUGUAUUAAAUUCCAACUACUUCAGAACGCUGUUCGAAAAGUGCGAUGAAUUCAUUUUCACCAUCCGCGGACCUUUCUUGUGGAUGACCGUCGCACUCUGGUCACUGUCCCUCUUCUACCUCAUCUGCGUCAUGGUUGGCAGACUGGAUGUGCUCCACAUACGGUCACAUCUGAGGAUACCGUCGUCGCACAAGAUAACGGCGCAAUCGCUGUUGGCGGCGGCGCAAGUCGGAAGGCUUGCCAAGAUAUCGUACCUGCAACCGUAA